AUGCCGCCUCCUCCGCCACCACUACAGCAUCUUGCCGGCUAUUCCGAGCCCAUGUCUUUCGCCUCGUCCUCAUCCUCCGCUGCUUCCUCCCAGCACAACCUCCAUACUCAGCUGGCGGCGUAUACGUCCACACCCCUCGCUUCCCCCGCCCAGGAAGCUUGGGACUAUAUGUCUCGGUGGGGUGGCGGCGGACAUGCCAAUCAGGCGGAAGCUGAACCAAGCGGGCGACGGCAUACGCUGUCUCAUGCGCAAUCGGCUCAACCAGGCGGACAAGUGUCACAAACCGUCUCUCCCGCAGCAACGCCGCUCUCAAAUCCUGCGUCCGGCGAAGACUCGGAGGACAAGCGAGUCCGUAAUACCGUCGCUUCGGCGAAGUUCCGGGCAAAGAAGAAAGCACAGGUGGCGAAUGUACAACGUACUAUCACCGACCUUGAGUCGCAGCAGGCGAGUCUCGAGGCGGAUGUGGCGAGUCUCAAGCGGGAAAAUGGGCUGCUAAGGGAGAUGGUACAGCUCAAGUUUGGGACGAAGAUAUCGGACAAUUGA